GGAUUUUGGAGGUUAACGGCCUUGAACUGCCAGGUCAUCUGGCGGUGUUGCUACUGGUAAGUCCUACUGGAUACGCCGUGGCGUAUGAAGCGGCUACAAAAUCCCUUCAUCUAUAGUGGUUUUUUCGCUAAGUAUUUAUCCUGUCUCACCAUGCUGGUGCGCCUUAUCUUAUCUAGUAUAUUGACUUCCCAUUUUCUUUGCUGAAGAUGUCACUGGACAUCCAGACGGGGUUAGUGUAAUCUCCAGUAGAAGCCUAUGCUUUCCUUACAGUACUCUUAUAUUCAAGAACUUUGCUCCUAGUACUAACAUGCGUAACCUACGACAAGAACGUAUAAACAUCGUUCCAAGUUAAGGGACCAAAAGAUAAAAUAUAACCUUCGUAAACACACUCAGUUCUAUAUCUUUUGACCAGCAUACUACUUUGUCAGUUAUUUCCCAUUGGCUUAAAUACUCUGGUCGAGGUACAUGCCCCGUGUCCUUAGACAGCUGUGUCAAGUCACCAGUCAUAUUUAACCGGUUUGGUAAGGGGUUGAAAGCAUAGUAGUGUUAAUGUACAUUCUCCGUCCCUGUUCUCACUAGGAUUUUGUAUUUGCAUAGAGGUUUCUAAUGAAUUUAACCAAAAAGCUUUCGAGAAACCGAGGUAUAUCACACCAACUUUAUUUUGAGGUCGAUGAUGGCGGGCCGUAUAUUCAUCGCAUUCAGCAGACUGAUGAUCUUUGGGUGGCCCUUCCCCAAACCGUUUUGUCAGAGUGAAAAAUGUUUUUAGAUAACAAGUCGCUUAGGCCAUCAUACACCAGAGAUUUCAGAAUCUUUGAGGGUACUAAAUGAAGUGCCGCCAGACGGCAAUUUGAAGGUUCAUAGCAUCGGUUGCCGUUGAAAAUUGAUGUGGUGAGUACCAACUUCCGAUUACUUUUGACUGCAUCUUGGGUUAGCAGAUGACAGGACACCGAAAUAAGGCGCAUUGCCAAGAAUAAAGGCGCGGUGAGACCAUAAUUUAUGGACGGUCUUUGAGCGAGGCUAAAGUGACCUGGUAAGCUAGCUCUGUCCUUGGGUCCACUUCGGAGACUCAUGUUAAGUUGCAGGUGGGGUCCUCGUUGUUGUGAGUCGUGCGUAAUGGUCGUUAUGCCUGAAAAUAUUUUCCUCAGGAGCGGUAAGGCAUCACCGUUGUUAUUUGCUGGGUCAUUAGAACUCAACAACUGGGGAACUCGGUCUUUGACUUUCUGAAGAGAUGUUGCGUGGUGGAGUGUUUUUGGGAUUGAAGACAAGUUUAUCGAUCAGCUUUGUCUGGUGUUUUGGCGCCUUUUCCGCUAGUUACUCGCUUGUUUGAACCGCCUAUAUGUACUACCGUCAUUAGUUCGUUUGUAUUCCUAGUAGUAUAUUUUACGUAUUUUACAUACUAUUCCUUGUGACUUAAAGCUGCUUAUAGCUUUUGAGUGUCAUUCUUGGAACACUGGUUUGUAGCACCUAAGUUUAUGUUAAUUAAAAAUCCCAAUAAGCAACCACGUUGAAUUGAGGGUAGGUCUUUCACUUUACUUGAUGUAGAUUUUUCUUUAAAGUUAAGUGUCCGAAACCUCAACGCCCAUUGCCAGAAGAGUGUUUUAGUUCAGUUCUGUGAGCCAGGAUUGAGAGAUUAUCAACUAUGAAUUCUUCGCUUGUGAAGAUGCAGUCUUAUUGUGAUAACGUGCAGCUAUUUCUCCACUUAGUUGCUGACUUCACAUCAAAUAAUCGUAGUUGCUCAAUGAACUUAAAGAACUGAGCUUAGUAUUAUUUGGAUCACUUAGUUCUCACAACUCAUCCAACUUAAGACGGCAUAUGCGAACGAACAAUAUUGUUUUCCGUUGGGUCCUCAUGCUUUACUCUAUUAUACCGUAAUUUCUAUGUGGGAAUGUCGAAGUAUUAAACCAGUUAAGGUAAAUUAUGAGUUAUUGAUAACAGUGAAAUAGAUUACGUAAAUAAACAUUACGAGUAAAAAUUACAACUUGGCAGUGUAAUGACAGGUUUACCAGCUGUGAUAAGAAUAAUGAAAUCUUGAACCAAUUUUUUGUAGUAGGAAGUAGGUUAAUGACUUGAAAGACACAUGGUUCUAGUUUAACAGUAUGAGGACUUAAUAUUUUAAAGCCACCUAGUAACCCAUUUUGUAUGGUAAACUUGCGGCGUUCGUAUAUAGAGUCGAUGCUUUCGAUUUGAAGCCCAUAUCUUGGUUCUGUUAGUCUAGACGUGCUUUAUAUGAAUGAACAAGAAACAUACGUAGAUAUGGCUUUACGAAUACGUAGUCUCCGCCCCUUUCACCUUAUUUCGUCCUUGACACUCCACAAGUGAAAUAGGCAGUUACAGCUUGUUCUUCUACCGGCAUCGUUGGGACUGUCCGGAUGCAUGUAGACUCCUGUUGAUAACUGGUAUCGAAAUGUCUCAAAAGUGACAGUCGCCAUUUAAGAGGAAGAAAAGCCUAUUUUGAGCAGCUAGGGUCUAGUAUUCCUGUCCUUGACCAAUAGUACUGCUUAUUGAGUUAAGAUAUUUUUAAACACCAAUGACUGUUUUAUGAACUUCCACUCUUGAAUAUGAUAUGCUUCAUCAUUGAGGUCCAUGUUUUCUAGGAUACCUCUGACAGUAAUGUCCCUUCCGCGAAAGAAUUCUCAAGAUUCCUUAGGGCCGUUCCUGAUGAAAUUGCAGUGCGAAUAUGACAUAUUUAGAAGUAUUCUCAUGUUCUCCCUGAGGAUUUAGCAAGUGACUAGCCAGCACAACAUCCGCAUCGUCAGCAAUGGGGAGCGUUACUUAGGGUUUGGAAUAAUUUAGUUUCCUACCCUUGGUCUACUUCAACAUACUUCCAUAAGAAACUGCAACAAAAUGGGUAAGAAGAAAGGUUAUGGGAAGAGAAGUAGUAGUAGUAGCAGCAGCAGUUCCAGCAGUAGCUCUGGUGGCAGGUACAGGCCUGAACGAAUUGAGAAGCGACGUUUGAAGUACAGAAAAAAAAUGAUGAAAAAAAACCGUUGUAUUUGCGGAUAUUGCCCUCAUGGUGUUCUAGCCUGCGACCAAAACUUUAUGCAAAGAUAUCAGCAUGGGAUGACAGGAGGAUAUGGACCAGGUGGACAAAAUAUUGGAGGUGGUUAUCAUAAACACAACCCACUUUACCCCAAUCCCAUGACACCACAAUAUCCACCUGCACAGCCUUUCAACCCCAUGCAACAAGCUUCAAUGAUGCCACAACAACCUGCAGUCUUUCCUAAUCCUGGUUCGUUUCCACAAUCAAAUUCAUUCUCUCAACCUGGAGGCUCUCACCAAACAGGUUAUUUUCCGCAACCAGGAAUGCCACAGCAAAAUUAUGGUCCAGGUCAUCAUGGAAACCAGCCAUAUCCCUCUUAAUUUUCUAAAUCCUUGCAGUACGCACAUAUCUGCUAUGACAAGAAAAACAACAAGAUAUUUGUUUGUAAGACUCUUGUCGUAUAUUCUAUUUAGAAACGUAAUUUAAUUUAUUUUAUACCU